AUGUCGACGGGCAUCGUGCUGGCGUGGUCGUCGCCGGCGGUGCCCAAACUGCCCCACCUGACGGCCGCCGAGGCGUCGUGGGUGGGGUCUCUGCCGUCGCUGGCGGCGGCGCUGGGACCCUGGGUGGGCGGCUGGGCGGCGGACCGCGUGGGGCGGCGCACCACGACGCUGAUUGCAAUGCUGCCCAUCAGCGCCAGCUGGGUCGCGCUCAUGUUCGUCGAGUACUCGCCCAACUGGCUCUGCGUCGUGCGCUUCAUCUCGGGGCUCGGUAUCGGCGUCGGAAACCCAGCGCUCAACAUGUACGGUGCCGAGAUCUUCCAGGCCAACAUCAGGGGUGCGCUGUCUAUGGUACAACAGCCGUCGAUAACGACGGGCUUCAUGAUCGACUACUGCAUCGGCCCCUUCGUCUCGUACACUACGCUAGCAGCCAUAGGUCUCAGUGCAACUCUCUUGUUUCUGGUGACCUUCUUCUGGGCGCCAGAGUCGCCCUACUACCUGCUGGCCAAGGGCAGGGAUGAAGACGCCGCGGAAUCUCUCCGGCGACUGCGAAACGACAACAGCGACAUCUCUUCUGAACUUCAGAGGAUGAAGAAAGCUGUGGAAGAGUCCAAGGUGAACGAGGCCUCCGUGCUGGACCUGUUCCGGUCCCGCAGGUGCCGCCGCGCGCUGGCCAUCUCGCUGGGCGUGGUCUGCGCCGAGCAGCUGGCGGGCAUCAACGCGGUGCUCUUCUACACGCAGAGCAUCUUCGACGCCGCUGGCGGCGACGUGGACAGCCGGGUGGCGCCCAUCAUCGUCAACGGCGCCAUGCUGCUCGAGUCGUGUGUCACGCCCUUCCUGGUGGACCGUCUGGGACGCAGGCCCCUUCUCAUCUUCUCCUCCACUGGCAUGUCGAUUGCUCUGACGGUUUUAGCUGUGUAUUUCUACCUGAGCGACACAGGGAAAAACGUCGAAGACAUCGGCUGGCUUCCGCUCACUGCUCUCGUCUUCUACAUCGUCACCUACACAGCAGGCUACGGCGGUCUACCGUUCACCGUUACAGGGGAAAUCUUCGCGCAGAACGUCAAGUCUGUGGCUCUACCCGCAGCUGUCUUCGUUUCGUGGACCAUGUCCUUCCUGGUGACGAGGUUCUUCGAGGACAUUUCCAUCGCCGUUGGCAAUUACGGGCCCUUCUUUCUGUUCGCAGCUUGCUCCUUACUAGCCUCCCUCUACGUGUACUUUUUGCUGCCUGAAACGAAGGGGAAGACUUUGGAAGAGAUACAGGUUAUGCUUGAAAGCGAUAGGCCCGUCCGAGCAUGUUGCUGA